AUGAGUUACUCCCACAACCUAAUUAUAUCACUACUCUUAGGCGUCAUUCGGGCGUUCGGCCACGCGCAAUCUCUACCAGGCUAUGGCGGCGGACUACCAGCACUGGUGACUGUCACAGCAACGGUUACCAUUUAUCAGAGCUGCGAAGGUCAAACGUCGAGUCUCAGCUCCAUGAUAUCGAAAUCCCAGUCAGAUGAAACUCAUUUGGUAUCCACGACGCAGCCAUUAAGUUUCCAAACAACUACUGAACAUGAAAGUCAUUCAGCAAAGACGACUCACUCGAGCCAUUCUGCGAGAACUACUCGGACGCAUCAUCAUUCGAUCGACACCACAACAUUUGCAUUGUCCUCGAAAUCCUCGGACCUUUUGAGCAGCAAUUCUUCAGCACAAGGAGUCUUUUCAACUUCUGCCUCCACAGACGACUGUGAAGAAUCAAGUACAAGCAUCAAGCAUUUGACUACUCACUUGACUCGAACGAGCUUCAGCACCAGUACAAUAUACGUAACAAGCUCACUUGAUCCUUCGUUUUCGUCUGCGAGGCUGGUUUCGAGCUCUUAUUUGUCCAGCACGUCCUCAGACAUUCGUUCACGUCUAUCGAGUGUUUUGUCGACUCUGAUCACUCCCGUAGUUUCAACAUCUAAGUCUUCAAGUACCGAUUUGAUCACUCACUUGACUCAGACGGUGUUCUCCACAAGUACCAUCGAGGUACAUCAAUCAUCGAGUAAACUUGAUGAUUCAUCGUCGAGUUCAGAAUCCAGACCUGGCACAUCGUUGAAACUUCACUCCACGUCGACCAGUACCGUGCUAGGUAUUGGCUCAACAAGUAUCAUCAGCAUCUCGUCGAUCCCUAGCAAAGUGUCAAUAUCCACUCGACCAACAAGUACCGAUUUGAUCCCUCACUUGACGCGGACAGUAUUUUCAACAAGUACUAUCGCAGUGGAGCGAUCGUCAAGCACACUUGAUGGUCCGUCAUCGACAUUGAAACCCUCGUCUGGGACAUCACUGAAACUUCACUCUGCUUCGAUCAGUCCCUCACUUCUCUCAAGUGCAUCCUCGAUUCCUAUCAGGUCGUUAACGUCGUUUCAUGCCACCAUUACCGACAUGACAACCUCUCUGACCAGGACGAGCUUCAGUACUAGCACAAUAUAUGUAAAUCGCUCCUCCGCUGCACCCAGUGCUCAUCUGUCAUCGGCGAAGUCCACGCUGGGAAUACCAACAUCAUUGUCAACAUCCUUACUCUCCCCAUUAUCGAGCAUUUCAUCACAUACCUCGUUUUCUCUGUUAUCAAGCAUCUCUUCCUCUUCCAGCGUUUCAUCCAGCCCUGCCCAAUCAACGAGCGCCCAGCCAACAACGUAUCUCACUCGAACAACCUUGGAUUUCAGCACCAGCACGAUAUACGUGAACCCAUCAUCAGACUUACCGUCAUCUGGAUUCUCGUCAACCUCGGUAUCCUCAGCAGGACUGUCCAGCAUUUCCUCACAGAGAUCUGAGAAACGCUCAUAUAGCCACAAACCCUCCUCAAAGACCUCCACAGCGAAAGAGGUCUCAAUUCCAACCUCAAGCAAGGCUACGUCAGAAUUGUUAGAGCCUUCGCACCACUCAAUCUCAUCGCCACUUUCUUCCAAGCCCACGACUUCGGAGCCACCAUGCACUGAUGAGACCGCCUCCCCUAGCACGCCAGGAGGCUACGGACUCCCACCGAUUUAUACCCCACCAUCAAACACUAGAGAAAUCACGCCUCCUAGCAUACCUGGAGGCUAUGGAUUACCACCCAGUUACACUCCACCAUCCAGCAUAGAAGAGACCACUUCUCUCAGCACGCCAGGGUACUACCGACUCCCGCCAGUCUACGGUCCACCAUCAAGCAACACAGCAGAAACCACCACGCCAGCAGGAUUCGGCUAUGACUACUCUCCAUUGCCAACUUACAUCCCAACAAGCACAGAAGAGAUCCAAACCGCCACGCCAGCGGACUACGGCUCACCACUCGAUUUCACCUUACCGCCAUUAUAUAUCCCGCCACCGGCUCUGCCAUCGCUCUAUUCACGUGCAGAGAGCGAUUCGUCGAGAAUCAAAGGCAGGGGCAUUAUUAAAGCUUUUGCUGCUAUGUCGGUUGCAGCACUUGCUGCUGGAUAA